CCUAACAAUCCUUUCUCCAUGUCCCGCCCAUUCGCCGCUGCUGUCUGAGCUUGGUCAGGUGUUCGUUGUACAGCGACGUAAACUUUGAAUUUGGAGAACAGAUUGGAUUUUGUGUCUAGACCAACACAGUCGAGGCCAUGCUCAGACGGAUACUUCAAAUGACUCCUGGGAAGGGAGGCUCCCAGAACGCAGAGUCCGAGCAGCCCAGCACAGACCUUAACCAUGAUCAGACGUCAGAGGGCUUCAUCUGUCCUCAGUGUAUGAAGUCUCACAACUCUGCGGAGGAGCUGUUCAAACACUAUGAGCUGUUUCAUGAUACCGGAGACCUGCCCGCUCAUGUGGCCCCCACUCGGGAAGACCUUACAAUGCUGCGGCAAGAGGUUCAGGACCUGCAUGCUUCUCUCAAGGAGGAAAGAUGGUUCUCUGGAGAGCUCAAGAAGGAGUUAGACAAAGUCCAAGGACACCUGAAGCAAAACGACGGACAGACGGGCUCAGAGGAUUCAGUCCUCGAAAGGAAGUUGAAUGAAGUGGAGACAGAAAAGUUCAACAUCAAGCAGAUGAAAGACCUGUUUGAGCAGAAGGCUGCUCAGCUGGCCACAGAGAUAGUAGACUUAAAGUCCCGCUAUGAUGAGGAGAAGAGCCUGAGGGAGGCUGCUGACCAGAGGCUGGCCAGAUUGACCGAACAGCUCCAGAGCGAGAAACAGGAGACAGAGAGACUCCAAACAGAGCUGCUGCAGCGACCGGGAGUGGAGGAUGUGGAGGUACUGCAGAAGGAGCUGGUGCAGGUCCAGACACUGAUGGACAACAUGACUCGUGAGAGGGAGGACGAGUCUGAACGCCUCAGAAUUCACUACGAGCAGCUGCAGGCUAAUUACGCUACCUCAGAGAUAACCAUAUCCCAACUAAAAGCUGAGCUGGAGAAGGGUCCACAGGAAGCAGCUGUCUACACACAACAGAUCCACCAGCUGCAGAGCAAUCUGAAUAAUUUGCAGCAGGAAAGCCAGAGCCUGUCUGAAAAGCUUGCACGUAAGGAGAAAGAGUAUCAGGAACUGGAGGAGCGCCUGGGAGCUGAGAAGGCUACCAAGAAGGCAGUUCAGGAUAGCCUGAGGGAGAGGGAGCUUGAGGUUCAAGAGCUCCAGGCUCGAGCCACAGGGGCUGAGGCCUCCCUGCAGAAGGCCCAGACGGAGCUCGGAGAGAGGGCUGACGAGGUGGCAAAGUUGAAGAGCGAGGUAACGGACCUGGAGGUGAAGCACGCAGAGCUGAAGGUCGAGAGGAAACAGUUGGAACAGCAAAGGGAAGAAAAAGAGAGCCAUGGUGCUCAGCAGCAGACCGAGAUCAGUCAGCUGCACGCCAAACUGCUGGAGGCGGAGAGGCAGCUGGGCGAGGUGCAAGGUCGUCUUAAAGAACAGAGGCAGCUGUCUGGGGAGAAACUAAAAGACCGCGAGCAGCAAGCAGCCGACCUGCAGCUCAAACUGUCCCGUGCAGAAGAGCAGUUGAAGGAGAGUGCCAGUAAGAAUACAGACCUGCAGCACCAGCUGGAGAAAGCCAGGCAACAGCACCAGGAGCUGCAGGUGCUGCAGCAAAACACCAAUGGCAAACUCCGCGAGGCACAGAAUGACCUGGAGCAGGUGCUGCGUCAGAUUGGAGAUAAGGACCAGAAGAUCCAGAAUCUGGAGGCUCUGCUGCAGAAGAGCAAGGACAUUGUGAGCCAGCUGGAAGCCGAGAGAGAGGACUUAUGUGCCAAGAUCCAGGCCGGGGAGGGAGAGACAGCCGUGCUGAACCAGCUAAAAGAGAAAAACCAUGCACUACAAGAACAGGUCACACAGUUGACAGACAAGCUGAGGAACCAAUCGGAAAGCAACAAGCAAGCCCAGGAUAACCUACAUGAGCAGGUCCAGGAGCAGAAGACAUUGCUGCGCUCAGCCCAGGACCGAGCCCACACCCUGGAGACCUCAGUCACUGAGCUCACCGCCCAGCUCGCUGACAGCAAGGAGAAAGUAGCCCAACUGGACGCUCAGCUCAAGGCAAAGACAGAGAUGUUGCUAUCUGCAGAGGCAGCCAAGGCUGCACAGAAGGCUAACCUGGAGAACAGCCUGGAGACCGCUCAGCAUGCAUUGCAGGACAAGCAGCAGGAGUUGAAUAAAGUUCAGAAGAAGGUGGAGGAGCAUUCUCAAAAGCUCAAGGAGAGACAGGAGCAGUGCACACAGCUGGAAACCAGUCUGAAGAAAUGCAACGACUCACUAAUGGCAUCAGAACAGCGUAUAGAGCAGCUGGAGGGGCUUAAUAAGAAAUUGGAGUCACAGGUUGGGGAGAUGCAGGCCACCAGGGACCAAUUGCACCAAGAAGUGCAGAUGCUGCAGAAGGAGGGGUCAGAGGUUAAACGGAAAGCCAAGGAGCUGCAGCGCUCGCUGGAAACAGAGAAAGCAGGGGCUACAACACUACAGGAGGAAUUGAAGAAUAAAGCAGCUGCUUUGAGUGACAUUCAGCAGCAGAUGGAGCGCAGUGAGCAGGAGAAAGUCGCUCUGAAGGUGAACCUGGACAAGGUGACCCUGGAGGGAAAGACUAAGCAUGCAGAGCUGGACAAGAAAGCUCAGAGUCUGGCAGUAGACUUAGACAAGGCCCAACAGGAUAAAGAGGCUCAAAGAAAGGAGCUUGCCUCUAUGCAGGGGAGCCUAGCAAACGCUAGUAAGGCACUGAAAGAGAGUCAGACUCAACUGGACACAGAGAGGAAGAAUCACAAGUCAGCCAUGGAGGAGAAGGAAAAGUCCAAUGAAAAGGCCAGACAGGAGCUUCUGAAGAAUAAUGAGGCCGUCACCAAGGCAAUGAAAGAAUCUAAAGAGCAGUUGGAGCAGAUGAGAGAGACAGAGAAAAAGUUGAAAAUGCAGCUCACCACCGUGGAGCAGCAGCACUCAAAGGCUCAGGAGGCACUGAAGGAAAAAGAGAAUCAGUUGGAGAAGCUGCGGGCACAACUUAAGACGGCCCAGGGCUCCUUUGAGGAGGAGGUGAAGAAACUGAAGGGCCAAGUGGCAGAGUUACAAGAAGUUAAUGUCAAGAAGGCAGAAGAAGAGACCAAGCUGAAGGCCCAGGUGUCGGGGCUCGGUCAGGAGCUGGCCUCUGAGAGGAGUCGGACAACAGAGCUGCAGAAGGCCUCGGAGCAAAGCCAGCAACGCUUCACUAAGCUUCAGUCCGACUUCUACGGCAAGGAGUCUGAGGUCUCUGCCCUCCGUCAAGACCUGAAGGCGUCAGAGGAGAAGCUGAACGUGGCUAAGGAAGAGUUGGCUGCUAACCGAACCCAUCAGACAGGUUUAGAGGCUCAGAUCCAGGAACUGCAGAAGGGCCGGGGCUUGUUGGAGCAAGAGCUGGCAAAACGGGACCAGAAGCUCCAACAGCAAGAACAAACCCUGAGGGAACUGCAGAAACAACAGGGUCAAGUAAAAGAGGAGGUGGAGAAGGAGAGGAGCAAAGUGGAGGAGCUGAACAAAGCCAAGAGUGUCCUUGAAAAGAGUAACACCAGAGUGACUUCAGAAUUAAAAGCAUUAACGGAGAAGAGCGAGAAGGAGCUGGGUGAGUUGCGGGAAGCCAAACAGCUGUUGAUCCAGCAGAAGCUGGAGCUGCAGGGUCAGGUGGAGGCAGCACAGAGUGCCAUGGAGCAGGAGCAGAAAGAGCACCAGGCCACCAGGGACAGCAGGAACCAGAGGGAGGAGCAGCUAUUUGCCCAAACCAAGAAUGUCCAGGAUCAGUUGUUGGCAGAGAAGCGAGCCAGAGAAGAGCAAGUGAAGCGUAGGGAGGAGGCCGAGGCUAAGAUGGGUGUGCAGGUGACUGCUCUGAAUGAAAACGUGGCCACGCUGAAGAGGGAGUGGCAGGGCAGCCAACGCAGAGUCGGUGAACUGGAGAAGCAAACAGAUGAGCUGAGAGGAGAGAUCGCUGUGCUGGAGGCCACCGUCCAAAACAACCAGGAUGAGAGACGGGCUCUUUUGGAAAGGUGUGUAAAGGGCGAAGGCGAGAUCGAGAAACUGCAGGCCAAGGUGGUUGAGCUGAGGAGGAAGCUGGACGACACGACGGCAGCCAUGCAGGAGCUCGGCAGAGAGAACCAGUCGCUCCAGAUCAAGCAGUCACAGUCUCUGACCAGGAAGUGGGCUGAGGAUCACGAAGUGCAGAACUGCAUGGGCUGUGGGAAAGGCUUUUCCGUCACCGUCAGGAGGCACCACUGCAGACACUGCGGAAACAUUUUCUGCGCCGAGUGUUCAGGGAGGAACGCCCUCACGCCGUCCUCUAAAAAGCCAGUACGGGUCUGUGAGACGUGCUUCGAGGAGCUCCAAGGCUGAUUCCCCCCCCCAUCCCUUUACCUCCCCCCACCCCCCCACCCCCCUUCCUACUCCUCCAGCAGGCAGAAGAAGGCGUGUCUUUGUCAUAUUUUUAAUGUGCACUAUAGAGGACAGGCCCACUGCAAAGACCUCCCACCUGCAUGUGACUUCUGGCUCUGGUGUGGAGAGAAAUUACUGAAGAGACACCAGAGCCAUGUGAUGGGAUUGGUUGGGAUUGUCUGUGUGUGUUUUUGUGCCUUUUGCUGCUCCUGUGGACUGCCAGAGAGCAGAGACAGUGAGAACUAAACACCAUCCAUCUCUUUUAAGUUGAUAUUCACAUUCUCCAUCGUUGUUUGGCAUCAUUGGCAAAAUGCAAAGUGGUUGCUUUGUUGUAUUGCAAGAGUGACUGGGGAAGUUGAAAAUCACUGCUGCCCUACAAAGGUAAAUGCAGGUAACUGCCCCCCCCCCCCCCCCCCCCCCGAAAAAAAAAAGGUAAAUGCUCGAUGAAACAUAUUUUCUACUACACCAGUCUAAUCACUAAUUAAGACAUUUAAAUUCAGAUUUUUAUAGCAAGAAAGUUAAACUCUAAAAUUAUUUUUGGAUAUUUUUGGGAUUAUUUUUAUUCAGUGUGUGUAAUGCAGAUUUGACAUGUGCAUACAGAGAGAGGUGUGUUGAAAUAGUUUUUUGGAACCGAAAGAAAUCAUUAUCUGUGCUUAAACAUGCUGUCUACACCCAAAACAAGGUGAUCAAUGCUUGUUACUUUAUCAGCUGAUGUUGAUGUUUGUUGACAUGAUUUCAUGAAAAUCUAAAGUGGAGAUAUUACAUUUAAGUAUAUGAAUUAUGUUUUUGUAAAUACUGUUCUGUUAACUUUUUGUUCACAGCAAAGAUGUUUCAGAUUUUAGGAUCAAACGGCAAGAAAAAAAUGCCCUAAAGAAAACAGUUCAUCAGUCGAUUUAUGCACCAGCGAUUUUCUGUACAGGACUUGAGAUCAACCGUCAAAUCAGUUACUUCACGUUUCCUUUGUACGGCAGCCUGUUUGCGUCUUUGUUGAAAUUUAUGUAAUGUAUUCAGCCUAUUUCAUGACCAAAGAAUGUCUGCAGCAGGAAUACAGCCGAGAUGAAACCCCUGAGUUUGUUUCAUAGUUCAGUAUUUUUCUAAGUAGGUGUCUCUAUUUGAGUUGAGCUUUUGAGUUUUAAAUCACAGGGUCCUACAUUUUUAUCUUGAACACAGCAUGUAUGACGACCUGAGCGGCUUUUAUGUACCGUCACUUGUUUUUGCUGUGCCACAUUUCUCUGUUGAGGGUUAAUUUCUGCAAAUUUUGGUGCUUUCGGCAGACUGGUUAUGCAGUCAUUGAAGGUGCCUGCGUGUUGAUGUUUUUUUUCCUGCUGCUUGUUUCCACUGAGCAGCACUGACUACUGCUGGAGCUGUGUGUGCGAGUUUGAGUGUGUUUGUGUGUAUGCGCGCACGCUCUGCUUUGAAGCAAUAACUGUGUGUGAUGUUGCUGUAACAGAGUGUGUGUUUUAGUGUUUAGGCCUGCUGUGUCUGUGUGCUCAGAUGCACUGUACGAUUGUUGUUCUGCUCAGAACCUCAGUAUCUCUCUGGCACGUUGUCUGGAUGUCGGUGCUGCUUUCAGGUGCAACGGUUGCUGUUGCUUCUCUGUCCAACCAGCCUGCAGCUGAGCACACUGUCAAAGUAAAUUCCUGCUUUGUAUAAUUUAUAAUUGUUGAUAGUGGUAAGAUCUUUUGUGCAAUUGUCUGAAGACUGGAACAGGCGAAAACACUGUAAACCAGGCGAUAACGCAGGCUGUUCUGGCAUUCUGCAACAAGCAGCUUGCUUCAGACUUUGGCUUACCAGAUUAACUCUUUAUGCUUGUACGCUCAGUAAAAAAAAAAAAAACCACGUCCAUCUCAGUUGCAAGCACUCAAGAACACCUGUCUCUUUUUGUGUUGCAUUGGUUUUGUUUUGUCUACCUCAGAUUGGCACAGGAAAAGCACUAUUUCUAAAUCUUAGAGAUCACAAAUGUCAUUGCUUGCAUUUCAAAAAUUUGUGAUUUAUCUGUCAAACUGUACAGUCCCUUAAAAUACCUAGAGAAAUGAUUUGCACCUUAUUGUAUUCCGGGCUCGUUCGUAUAAGAAUCCAGCCACAAACGUAGGAACACCAACUUUAUACAAGCUUCAGCAUUUCUAGCCCUGAUGUACUUAAUUGCUCAUUAAUACUAAGGCUGUCACAGUUGUCUUUGUAAAUGUUUGUAAUGAAAGAGAAAAAGGAACUAUAUAACACUUGUGGACGUAGACACAUGAUGACAGUGAAAAUGUGUGUGGACUCAUCAGUGUCUUAGUCAUUUUUACAAAAUGGCUUCACAGAGCUGUACACACUGAUUUGUGGCUUGCUUUGUGUUGCUGUCAGUUAUCAUGCAUGAUGACUCAACUGGCCCACACGUUUCCUCCACAUUUAGUGGCAUCAUACAGUAUUUGAUGGUUGUGAAGGUGUGCCUUAGGCCAACGUCUUGUACGUCACUGCUCACUGUCAGCGGUGACACACACCGUGUAUUUACCACAGUCAGGGUGACCUUGGUUCACCAGAAGGGACGAGAGAAAUAAUGUAAUUUAUGUUCACAUGCACCAGUUGAUUUUCUAAUUCAUCGUCAUGACCUAAAUAAAACUUACAGUAUGUUUCUA